GAAAUAGUUGACAUUGGGGGUUCUCUUCUUCUGUGGUGACAAGUAAGAAACAGAGAGUGAGAGAGGAGAGAGCAAUGCGUGCGAUAUCGCAGGAAGCAUUCGAAGAGGUGGUGAAGGAGAACAUAGACGACCUCGGAAUGGACCCCCAAGAGGCCCUUCAAGACGCCAUCGAAACCCUCACUCUCCAAGGCGUCGAUCUCUCAGGUAUCGUCACACGCCUUCCGGGAGACACCAACACUCACCCCGUCUUAGACUGCUUACACACCCUCAAACUGCUCCUCUCCGAAGAACCCCACUCGUUAAAUCAGAAUGAAUUAGCGGAAGCGUUCCAUGAACUCAACGACUUGUGUUCAAACGCAAAUGCAAAUGCAAAUUCAAAUGCAUCCAUUGCGACCAAAAACGGCGCCGUUCAAUUGACUUGUUCUCUCUGUUCAAAGAUUCCUCUUUCUGCCACUGGAUCACACCUUCCCCUCGUUUCCUCCUUAAACGCAUUGGCAUCUUUGCUUCACGAUGUUCAAAGCACGGGAACGUUUCAUAGCUGUGAUGGACCGAGGAUUGUGAUAGGGUUCCUGAUUGAUUACAAGCCAAACGUCGACGUUUUAAGUAGCGGCUUUCGCGUUGUGGCUUCCGCUGCGACUGGGGAUGAGAUUGUGAAGGAGGCGUUUAUGGAGUUGAAGGUUGACGAGCUCAUUAUGGAGAUAAUGUCCAUGCAUAAGAACAAGGGAAUCCAAAGUUUAUAUGAGGCUAUUCGUGUGCUUUUAACGCCUGACGACAGUCGAGUUGUGGCUUCUCAAGUAUAUGGUUAUGCACGGAAAUUUGCAAAGAUUGGAAUUGCAGAGGCCCUUGUGGAUUCUCUGCAUGCAGGGCUAAGCUCACCUGACCUAUUUUCAGCAUGCAUCACCUUAAAGGCCAUUGCUGUAAAUGAUGAAAUAUGUAAAUCCAUUGCAGAGAAAGGUGGUAUUGAUGCAGUACUCAGAUGUAUAGAUGACAGUGGUGAACAAGGCAACAAAGCUGUGGCCAAAGCUUGUUGCUCAUUACUUUCAAAGUUAGCAGGAAGUGACGUGAACAAGAGUGCAAUUGUUGGGAAAGGAGGUAUGGAUAAGCUAAUCAAACUUUCAGCCAGAUAUGCUGACGACCCUUCUGUUUUGCAAGAGAUUAUGUCUAUUAUUUCUGUGCUAUCUUUAAGAUCCCCAGAAAAUGCAGCCCGUGCCAUUGAAGCUGGUGCUGGUGACCUUGCUAUUCAAGCCAUGCAGAAAUUUCCUACAGCACACCAAAUGCAAAGAAAUUCCUGUCUUAUGAUCAGAAAUCUAGCAGUGAGAAAUCCAGAGAACAGAACUAUUUUGCUUAAUAAUGGAAUUGAGAAAUGCAUAAGGAAAGCAAAACAAACGCAUACCAACUGUAAGGAUGCUGCUACAGAUGCGCUGAGGGAUUUGGGACUUGAUAAUUACAACUUGUAGUUGAUGAUUUUUUUACAAUGCAACACCUAUCAAUAUUCUUGUUUCUGAAAAAAAAAAAGUGAGUGUAUGAUUGCAUAUUUUAAUCGGCUCUGUUCCCUCCAAGAAUAUUGGAUAUGCUGAGUUCAUUGUAUAAAUUAAGGCUAAACCGAAAAUUAUAUUUGCUUUUCUAUAU